AUUAAUCCUCGAGGAAUGAAAAAGUCAGCAUGAGAUCUCUGCAUAUGCGGCCUAUGUGGCGAAAGAAGGUGUGAAUUUGUCUUCAGGCGGUAACACAGAGUGGCGGUAAGCGCAAGUCAUUUAUUAUGGAUGUAGAAAACAUUAGCGAUGGGCCAUUUGUUGGUGCUAUCGAUCAAGGGACAUCAAGUUCGCGGUUCCUGGUCUUCAAUGCAAAAACAAGCGAAUUACUUUGUUUCAGUCAGGAGGAGAUCUCUAGUUUUCAUCCAUUUGAAGGAUGGUGCGAGCAAGAUCCAGAGGAAAUGCUUUCAAAAACAGUGCGUUGUAUGGAGAAAACUCUCCAAGAAUGCGAGAAAAAGGGGGUCAGGUUGAAUGCUAUAAAAUCAAUAGGCAUCACUAACCAGCGAGAAACAACUGUUGUUUGGGACAAGCUAACGGGGAAGCCAUUGUCAAAUGCAAUUGUUUGGCUUGACGCAAGAACAAAAGGAACUGUUGACACCCUGAUUGCGAAGACACCCAACAAGUCCAAGGACUUUCUUCAGAAGAAAUGUGGUCUGCCAUUGGCAACUUAUUUUAGUGCUGUCAAGCUGAAGUGGCUGCUGGAUAACGAUGAGGUGGUUAGAAAAGCUGUGGCAGAACAGAGAUGUUUGUUUGGUACUGUGGACACAUGGAUACUUUGGAAUCUAACUGGUGGUACAAAUGGUGGGAAACAUUAUACUGAUGUCACAAAUGCCAGUCGUACUAUGCUGAUGAAUUUACAAACACAACAGUGGGACCCAGAGCUUUGUGAAUUCUUUGAAAUACCUGAUCACAUCCUCCCUGAAAUCAAGAGCUCAUCUGAGAUUUAUGGGAAGCUCCAGUCUACUGUGUUACAAGGAACUCCUAUUUCAGGGAUUCUUGGGGACCAGCAAGCAGCUCUUGUUGGCCAACUGUGUCUCAAAAGAGGUGAUACCAAGAAUACUUAUGGAACUGGAAAUUUUCUGCUUUAUAACACUGGGAAAGAUAUUGUAUUUUCAAAAAAUGGUUUGCUUACCACUGUGGCAUACAAGUUUGGGCCAAAAGGUGAAACACACUUUGCUUUAGAGGGUUCUAUUGCUAUCACAGGGGCUGCAAUUAAAUGGUUGAGAGAUAACUUGGGCAUUAUAAAAAGUGCCCAAGAGUCAUCAGAAGUUGCAUCAACUGUAAAAGAUAACGGAGGAGUGUGUUUUGUGCCAGCCUUUUCAGGACUUUUUGCACCAUAUUGGCAAACUGAUGCCCGUGGCAUUAUUAUAGGUCUUACUCAGUUUUCAAACAAAGGACACAUUGUAAGAGCAACACUGGAAGCUAUCUGCUUUCAAACAAGAGAAAUUCUAGAUGCAAUGAACCAAGACUCUGGAAUUCCAUUGCAGUCUAUGCUGGUUGAUGGUGGCAUGACUAUUAAUAAAUUUUUGAUGCAGAUGCAAGCAGACAUCUUGGGGAUUGAUGUGUUAAGGCCAAGUAUGUCUGAAACAACAGCUCUUGGUGCUGCAAUUGCUGCAGGUGUAGCCAAGGAUGUUGAGGUUUGGGACCUCCAAACGAUGGCGAAGGAUUCAAAGCAGCUUCAAAGAUUCUCGCCAGCCCUAGAUGCAAAAACAAGGGAAAGUAUGUACAGUAAAUGGAAGAAGGCUAUUUCUCGAUGUAUGAAAUGGGAUGAAUAAACAUGCAAUACUUUGUUUGAACAUUUUGUAACGCUUCUUUUAAAACAUCAUUCAUAUAUUAGAUAAACAAGUUUUAUAAACCAUGUAUAUUAAUAAACAGUGAUUAAAUCUCUGCUAUAUAUAUAAAUAUAUAUAUAUAUAUAAUAGUAAUUAAAAAAUUGAAGUAAAUUGUCAGUCUAAUUAUUGUGAUAUUGGUCUUUCUGUUAAAAUGG